AUAGUUACAUGGAGGCAUGUUAUGUUGCUCGAACCCCAAUGACCUCUACAAGAAUCAUGGCCACUGCACACAACGAGUUUCUGAAGGCCCAGUUCGCGAGUCUUCCCCCACUGCCGGCGAUUGAAAAGCUCAGCGAAUCUGUUUGGCGAAUUUUGGGUGGAAAUCCGGGCAAGUUCCAACUUCAGGGGACUAACACGUAUCUCCUCGGCACGGGGCGCGAGCGACUCCUCGUCGACACGGCGCAGGGCGUCCCCGUCUGGAUCGAGUCGCUCAAGUCCGUCCUCGAGAAGGAAAACGCCGUCGUCAAGAGGGCGCUGAUCACGCACUUCCACCACGACCACGUCGGCGGCAUCGCCGAUCUACGAAAACUCUCGCCGGACACGGUUAUCCACAAGAACUCGCCGGACGACACGCAGGACGAGGGGAUCAAUGACGGCGAGGUGUUCUCGGUUGAGGGCGCGACGCUGAAGGCUGUCUACACCCCCGGCCAUGCAAACGAUCACAUGUGCUUCCUCCUCGCGGAGGAGAACGCUAUCUUCACGGGUGAUAAUGUCCUCGGACAUGGAACCACCGUGUUUACGGACUUGAAAGAGUACAUGGACUCGCUGCAGAAGAUGUUGGAUCUGAAGCCGGCGCGCGCGUACCCUGCACACGGACAGCUCAUCGAGGAGGGGCAGAAGAAGCUGCAGGAGUAUAUUGUGCAUCGCCAGAGGAGGGAGGCACAGAUCGUGAGGCAGUUGCAGGCGGUGCGCGCGGAGAUUGAGGCGGAUCAGCCGCCAACGCCGGUUACGAGCAUGGAGCUGGUCAAGCGCAUCUAUGUCGAUGUCGAUCCAGGGCUGCAUCUUGCGGCGGAAGGAGGGGUUGUGCAGGUUCUAGACAAGCUGGAGAAGGAGGGAAGGGUCGCGAUCGUGGUGAAGAAUGGCAUGACGAAGUACACGUUGGUCGAGAAGCCGAGUAGUCCCAGUAGUAGUAGUUUGUAGCAUAUUUGUUACCUAGAUGUCUCAGCAGUUAGCUGUUGGCUGAGAAUGUUGUUUAUUGAGCGCUGAUUAUUAUUGGCUAUGAUAGACUAUUUGUUUGUAUGGCUUGUG